GCUUGCUCUCAUUUCAUAUGAGAGGCUGCUUUUUUGCGCGGGAAAUGGAGGAGGUUUCAUCGGCUCCGCCCGCGGCAAUCUCGGAGUUCGUUCGUUGGCAGAACGGACGUCGAUGAUAACGAGAAGAAAAGAACCGUAAAGAUCCUAUCUUUGAAGAUAAAUAUCUCAUCUUUGCUAUCUUUGGGGAGGGGGGGAUCUCACCGUUCUUGAAUCCCCUGUCCGUCCUAUUCUUUCUCCGGUUCUUGUGCCUUCUUCCCCAGUUAAUCUCGCCAGAGGAAGGCGAUACGCGGGAGGGACCUAAUCAUCACUGCGGAGGAGAAAGAGAAGCGAAGGUAAUAAAGAUCCCACUUUUCUAUCUUUAGUUAGAACCUCUCGGGGUUCUCCUUUGCCUCCUGUUCUUCUUCCCUUUCUCGGUUCCCUUCCCCAUCUCUCGAAGUGGGUGUUUCUCCCUUCCUCGGGGAGGUAAUUCCUCCACCUGGAUUCCCCGAUUGCACGCCGGCAGCCGGCCGAUCGUAGGCCGUGAUGGGUUGCGUAGCGUCGAAGAACGCGGCCCCUCUUACGCCGGCAUUUGUCUCCUCGGGCGUCUCGGGAACCCUCGAGACCUCGGGAGAGUUCCAAUCUUCGCCGUCGUUCUGGAACCGCCCUCAGCUUGCCAACUAUGAGUUCGGUGACUGUAGCGAGUCGGGGGAGUCUGGGAAAAUGAGCUCCUCCGGCAACAGUUCCGUUAGCUUUCGGCUGUGGAACUUGAAUCGGAGCAGCGAAGGGGAGCAGAUUGCCGCGGGAUGGCCUGCGUGGCUCAGCGCCGUCGCCGGGGAAGCCAUUCAGGGAUGGGUGCCCCUCAAAGCUGACUCCUUCGAGAAAUUGGAGAAGAUCGGGCAAGGUACCUAUAGCAGUGUGUUUAGAGCAUGUGAGAUCGAGACAGGGAGGAUUGUUGCCCUGAAGAAGGUGCGCUUCGACAAUUUUGAUCCUGAGAAUGUUAGGUUUAUGGCAAGGGAGAUACAGAUCCUCCGCAGGCUUGAUCAUCCAAAUGUCAUAAAACUGGAGGGCUUAAUUACUUCUCGGUUGUCGUGCAGUAUAUAUCUUGUUUUAGAAUACAUGGAGCAUGAUCUUGCAGGGUUGUCAUCUUGUCCUGACAUCAAACUCAGUGAACCACAGGUCAAAUGCUAUAUGCACCAAUUGCUAUCCGGGCUUCAACAGUGUCAUUCACAUGGUGUCAUACACCGCGACAUCAAAUGCGCAAAUCUUUUGGUUAACAAUGAGGGAAUUCUGAAGAUUGCUGAUUUUGGUUUGGCAAACAUCUUGGAUCCUAAGGAUAAGCAACCACUAACCAGUCGAGUUGUGACAUUAUGGUAUCGGCCACCUGAGCUUCUCCUGGGAUCAACAGACUACGAGCCAUCCGUAGAUCUGUGGAGCGUUGGAUGUGUAUUUGCAGAACUUUUCUUUGGGGAGCCUAUCUUGCAAGGAAGAACUGAGGUUGAGCAACUACAUAAAAUCUUUAAGCUCUGUGGCUCUCCACCAGAAGAAUUUUGGAACAAAUCCAGUCUGCCCCGUGAAAGUAUUUUUAAGCCUCAUCCUUAUGAAAAUUGCAUCCGAGAGACAUUUCGCUUUUUACCAGAUAGUGCAUUUAAGUUGCUACAGACACUUCUAUCUAUUGAGCCCAAUAAACGUGGCACAGCUUCUACUGCUCUUACUUCUGAGUACUUCAGGACAAAGCCUUAUGCAUGUGAUCCAUCCAGCUUGCCAAAAUACCAGCCUAACAAAGAAAUCGAUGCAAAGUUCCGGGAGGAGUCACAAAGGAGGAUUGUCAAGAGCAGAUCACACAUUGUAGAGGCCACAAGAAAACCUUCAAGAGCACGUAAGCCUUCACGAGAAUCAAAUGCCCUAGCAAAGAUAGCAUCUCACAAAGAGGGUUCAAGAAAUGCUCAAGGAAUGAAUAGAAGUGGCAAAAAAAGAGAGAUUCCAGUAGCAAAUAAUAAUAAAAGAUUAUUGGUUGAUCUGCAGCCGACGCCAAGUCUUACAUUUCGAGAUGAGGGUAGACAUGUCAAGCAAAUCUCUCAAAGAGGUCUUCCUUCCUCAGGGCUGCUGGACGUUUCUGCCUCUACCAGCUUUGCACGGACGAAGAGACCAAAAGAAGACCAACGACACAUCAAAUCUCAUACUGGAUCCAGAUCUAGACAGGACGAAUUGGAAAAGUUUGACCCAUCAAAUGUUUCACAGGCUAAAAGUACUUUCAAGUUAAAUGGAGUAGGAAAUGGAGAUCUUCAACAUGUACCCUAUUCCAGCUCAAAAGGCCAUAAGCCCUAUGAAUUGACAAGAAAUGCAACGCUGAAGCAUUGGAUACAUCCAGACUUUCAGGACUCAGUAUAUUCUUUUAGCGCCCAUCGUUCUCAAGAUUUGUCAGAAGGAGCAGUAAUGCCUAGGAACAGGAGCUUGGGUUAUCGAGAAGAAAAAGUAGAUCUGUCAGGGCCUCUGCUCCUCCAAUCACAAAGGGUUGAUGAAUUUCUAGAGAAGCAUGAAUGGAAAAUCCACAAAGCUGUUCGAAAGUCAUGGUUCCAAAGAGGGAAAAAACAGGGACGCUAAGAAUUGGCUGCGGUGUUGAUUUUUAUCAGAAGAGAUGGGCGCCUCCAGUAUCACCAGCAAGAUUUCCUUGGAAGCGUAUGACUAUGACGGACAAAGAUCAAAUCAGAUUCGGGUUUAAGUGAUACGCUGGUAACUGAAUUCAGGGCUUGAUCUUUUCCGACACUGAUCCCGCUGGGAUUUUCGACUUAAGAUGUUUAAUGAGCACGAAAGCUUUUAACACAAAAUGAGUCAUGUUCUUAUGAUUUGCGGCUGAAUUGAGAUUGCAGAAAUCGACUUGUAGUUGACUUUUAGUGCUUUAAAGGCAGGCCUGCGUGCAGGUGAAGAAUCUGUAAAGAUAGUGUACAUAAACAUCGAUGGUUCAAAUUUUCCUUUCAGAAUGAAUGGAUA